GCUCGAAUCCGAUUGGCUGUUGUGGUUUGAAGCCUUGGAGACGUGAUGUUCAUUGCUACCUGACUGUACUUGCUCUCUAAUGAAGAUCUGAAGUGGAUGUGAAUAUGGAUGCAGAGCGCAAAGACUGUUUCAGAUCUACAAGACAUUAAUGAAAGGGACACAGGAGCGUCUGAGCUCGUACUGCGAGAUGUGACAGGAUGCUGAACCAUCACUGCAGAAGGAACCCAGAGUUACAGGAGGAGCUGCAGAUCCAGGCGGCGGUGGCAGCCGGCGAUGUCUACACCGUCCGCAAGAUGCUGGAGCAGGGCUACUCGCCCAAGAUCAGAGACGCCAACGGCUGGACGCUGCUGCAUUUCUCUGCGGCGAAGGGCAAGGAGCGCUGUGUGCGUGUGUUCCUCGAACACGGAGCGGAUCCCACCGUGAAGGAUUUCAUCGGAGGCUUCACCGCUCUGCAUUACGCCGCCAUGCACGGUCGCGCCCGCAUCGCCCGCCUCAUGCUGGAGUCCGAGUACCGCAGCGACAUCAUCAACGCCAAGAGCAACGACGGCUGGACCCCGCUGCACGUGGCAGCUCACUACGGCCGCGACUCCUUCGUGCGUCUCCUCUUAGAGUUCAAAGCCGAGGUGGACCCGCUCAGCGAUAAAGGCACGACGCCGCUGCAGCUGGCCAUCAUCCGCGAGCGCUCCAGCUGCGUGCGCAUCCUGCUCGACCACAGCGCCAACAUAGACAUCCAGAACGGCUUCUUGCUGCGUUACGCCGUCAUUAAGGGCAACCACUCGUACUGCCGCAUGUUCCUGCAGCGCGGAGCGGACACUAACCUGGGCCGGCUGGAGGACGGCCAGACCCCGCUGCACCUGUCGGCCCUCAGAGACGAUGUGCUGUGCGCUCAGAUGCUGUACACGUACGGAGCCGAUACUAACACGAGGAACUACGAGGGCCAGACGCCUGUGGCUGUUUCUGUCAGCAUGUCUGGCAUCAGCCGGCCCUGUCUGGACUUUCUGCAGGAGGUCACAAGGCAGCCCAGGACUUUGCAGGAUCUGUGCAGGAUAAAGAUCCGGCAGUGCAUCGGCCUGCAGAGCCUGAAGUCUCUGGAAGAUCUGCCCAUUGCCAAGGUCAUGAAGGACUACCUAAAACACAAGUUCGACAGCGUUUGACAGAAGCCGAGCCACUGCUUUCUGUAGGAUCCCUUAAGACUAUGCAAACUCGAAACCUCUGGGAGCAGGUGCAGUGUUUUGUACAAGCGGAGAGAAAUGCUGUGGAUCGGGGAGCACUGUAAUGGCCAUGUUGAUUCGUUCACCGAAGCAGAAAUUCCCCACCCAUGAGAGACAUCUGAUUUGUACCAAAUAUCGUUUUUGUUCUUAAAUCCGACAGACAGCCUUUGUAAGUACUUGACUUUUUCUAUCGGCUACAUUCUCAGACAAGGCAAAGAUAAAACCUUUUAAGCUAUCCAGAGAAAUUGGCAAAUAAUCAGGUCGCCAUCAUAAAAAUAUGCAUGUGCUAUUGUUAUUUUUGCCGUGUAUUUUCAGCCCAUUGGGUCAUUAACCCUUUGUUGAGAAUCUCAUUCGUUUGUAUUGAAAAGCGCACCAAAAAACCCACAGGCUCUCAUUUCUUCUCUGUGAACUUUUUUUUAAUUCUCAUUUAAUUUAAUAUUUUUAUUUAAAAGCUGUCGAUAUCAGAGGUGCUUGGCUUUAGUUUCCAUUUAAAGGUGAAGAAUAAGUCUAUUUGCGAGAGGUCUACAAAGGUGAACAUGUAUUACAUGCAUCCAUCAUUAACAAACUUUAUGUAAAUAUUUGUGUCAUAUGUACAGCAGAUAUUUUUAGACUAUUUAAGCGUGUGUUUUGGGGGUUU